AACCUCCGUGGGGUCCAGGUAUCGCCUCAUGCUACCCGUAACAGCCCCGUUUUUAGGGUCUUCUUCUUUGGAGUUUAAUGGUGGUUGGAAAUUAACUUGGCAUAGAGUGUGGUUUAAUAUAUAUAUGUGUGUGUGUCUUCCUUUAAUUCCUCUCUUUGUUCUCACAGCUUUCUUUGUCCCGCUGACUGUUUCCAUGAAAUCUCAUGCAGUUCUGAUCCAGUCUGUUUGUUCAGUGGUGGCUGAUUUGCAGAACUGCAGUUCCUGCUGCGGAGCUUCAACAACAGAGCCCUGCUUGUUCGGUUUUCCGGAAAACCAGCUCUGAUUCCAACCAGCUGUUUCCCGCCUCACACGGAUCAGCUGCACACACACACACACACACACACACAGCGUCGUAGUAGGCGGAGGCUGGAAGCCACACACACACACACACACACACACACACACACUGAAGGGAACCCCAUCAGCUGUGGAAAGAAACACAGCUCGAAUUUACUUCUAGUUUUUCCUUCCUUCUCGGGUUGAAUUUUAGUGCGGGGUUUUAGGAUUGACGCUACUGGGGGACACUUUGGGAGUCCUGCGAUAUAAACGAAACACGUAAUACUUCACGAGUGGGAAGGGGAAGAAAACAGCAAACACGAACUACAGAAGGUGGCUGUGAAAGCAUGGACUAUGUCAGGAUGCCGACAGAGAAGAUAACAUCCCUGCAGCACUUCAAGCGGACGGAGAAGGAUGUUAUCGGAGGGCUGUGCAGCUUGGCGAACAUCCCCCUCAGUCCGGAGACGGCCCAGGACCAGGAGAGACGAAUCCGCCGGGAAAUAGCCAACAGCAACGAGCGGCGCCGUAUGCAAAGCAUCAACGCUGGAUUUCAGUCCCUCAAAACACUCCUGCCCCACACAGACGGCGAGAAACUCAGCAAGGCGGCCAUCCUUCAACAAACAGCAGACUACAUCUUUACCUUGGAGCAAGAAAAAACCCAGCUUCUAACCCAGAACAACCAGCUGAAACGCUUUAUCCAGGAGUUUAGCGGCUCAUCGCCCAAAAGGAGGCGAGCCGAAGAGAAGGACGAAGGGAUCGGGUCUCCGGACGCGCUGGAGGAGGAGAAGGUGGAGGAGCUGAGGAGGGAGAUGAUCGAGCUGCGGCAGCAGCUGGACAAGGAGCGCUCGGCUCGCAUGCAGCUGGAGGAGCAGGUACGGUCUCUGGAUGGCCAGCUGCAGCCAGAGCGUCUGAAGGUGAUCACCCAGCAGGUGGAGGAGGAGCAGGCACUCAUCCAGAGCCAGACGCUGCUGCGGCUACAGCAGAUCCACGCGGCUGCUGCAGACAGACAAGCACACAGUCCUCAGGUGCUGGCUCCACCUGCCCCAACCCACCACCCCACGGUCAUCGUCCCAGCUCCAACACUAAACCAGCACCAUCACGUCACCGUGGUGACCAUGAGCCCACCUGUCCCCACCAGCACCGUGUCCACCUCCAGACAGAACCUGGACACCAUUGUGCAGGCCAUCCAGCACAUCGAGCGCACUCAGGAGAGAAGAGCCAGCGCGGAGGACGAACAGAGGAGAGCCGUCAUCGUCAGCCCCACCCACGUCGCCAUGGACACCGCGUGCUCGGACACAGACACGGACACAGAGGGCGAAGACUGUUUGAUGAACUGACACGCCCCAUGAACUCGUGCCACUCCCCCCGACACGCACACAAACACCUACUCACUGUAAGAUUCCCUCCAGAAGCUUGACUACUCAUGCAAAUCUGUCUUUGGCAUUACCUAAACUCCUAAAUCCAGUGGUUUAAGCUCUGCGUCAAUUCUCGUACUGUAAUUUUUGUAUUGAAAGGGUAGGACGGUCAGCGUGCAGAGGAGUAUCCGUAGGAUCUAUACACUCUGUAGCUACUUGGAUAAUCAAACGGUCUUCUCGUGGAAAAGGAAAAAAACUUGGCCGCUCACGUUUGUUGUUUGCGUGCUCUCCAUACAGUCACAG